GGCACGGCAGCGGCCAUGGCGAGGGACGGCGGCUCCCCCUGGGCCAUGGGGCUGCUCAAAACCUUCGAGGAGAGCGAGUUCAGCAGCUGGGAGAAGAUCGGCUCGGGAGGGUUCGGCCAGGUGUAUAAAGUGCGGCACCUCCACUGGAAGACCUGGCUCGCCAUCAAGUGCUCGCCCAGCAUCCAUGUGGAUGAGAAGGAGCGCAUGGAGUUACUGGAAGAAGCCAGGAAGAUGGAAAUGGCAAAGUUUCGCUACAUCCUUCCUGUUUAUGGCAUCUGCAGAGAGCCAGUGGGUUUGGUCAUGGAGUACAUGGAAACAGGGUCCCUGGAAAAGCUCCUGGCGUCCGAGCCCCUGCCCUGGGAAUUGCGCUUCCGCAUCAUCCACGAGACAGCCGUGGGGAUGAACUUCCUGCACUGCAUGUCCCCCCCUCUGCUCCACCUGGACCUCAAGCCUGCAAACAUCCUGCUGGAUGCCCACUACCACGUCAAGAUUUCUGACUUUGGGCUUGCAAAGUGCAAUGGGUUGUCCCAUUCCCAUGACAUCAGCAUGGAUGGUUUGUGUGGCACGAUUGCCUAUCUUCCUCCAGAGCGCAUCAAGGAGAAAAACAGAUGUUUUGACACCAAGCAUGAUGUGUACAGCUUUUCCAUAGUGGUUUGGGGAGUCCUUACACAGAAGAAGCCUUUUGCAGAGGAAAACAACAUUUUACAUAUUAUGGUAAAAGUAGUUAAAGGCCACCGCCCAGAGCUACCUGCUGUUUCCAAAUCCAGACCUCAUUCAUGUAAUAACUUGAUCAAACUGAUGCAAAAAUGUUGGCAAGAUGAUCCUGGUGAACGGCCAACAUUUCAAGAAAUCACUUCAGAAACAGAGGCCCUUUGUGAAAAACCAGAAGAUGAAACAAAAGAGAUGAUAACUCAGGACCUGGACACCAAGAAUGCCCCAGAGCAGCAGCCUGAGGGGAUUUGUGCACUUUCCCAGAAGAAGCAGGAGCCUGCUCUACUCUCAGUGAAGGAUUACAGUCUGUCAGAGUUGUUGUCCCAGUUGGAUUCAGGGAUUUCACAGACUAUGGAAGGCCCUGAGGAUCUCAGCCGCAGCUCUUCUGAGUCCAAACUUGCCUCCAGUGACAAGCGGCUUUCAGGAGUUUCAUCUGUAGAUUCAGCUUUUUCAUCCAGAGGAUCCCUUUCCCUUUCCUUUGAAAGGGAGAGUUCAGAUAUUGGCACUACAGACAUACAGAAGAGAAAGCUAACGGAGGCAAUUUUAUCCGGAGAUACCAGCAAGCUGAUGAAGAUCCUCCAGCCUCAAGAUGUUGAUAUUGUUUUAGAUGGGAACUCCAGUCUUCUGCACUUGGCUGUUGAAGCAGGCCAAGAAGAAUGUGUCAAAUGGCUCCUGCUGUACAAUGCUAACCCUAACCUCACCAACAAGAAAGGGUCCACCCCUCUUCACAUAGCCAUCGAGAAGAAAUUCAAAAGCAUCGUGGAGCUGAUUAUGGCCAGGAAAAUCAACGUCAACGCCAAAGACGAGGACCAGUGGACCGCUCUUCACUUUGCUGCCCAAAACGGGGACGACUUCAGCACCAAAAUGCUGCUUGAUAAGAACGCGUCCUUAAACGAGGUGGAUUUCGAGGGCAGAGCCCCCAUCCACAUAGCCUGCCAGUACGGCCAGGAGAACAUCGUGCGCAUCCUGCUGCGGAGAGGCGUCAACGUCAACAUCAAGGGCAAGGACGACUGGGUGCCCCUUCACUACGCCGCCUGGCAGGGCCACCUCCCCAUCGUCAAGCUGCUGGCCAAGCAGCGCGGCGCCGACGUCAACGUGCAGACCCUGGACGGAAGGACCUCGCUGCACCUGGCCGCCCAGCGGGGUCACUACCGCGUGGCCCGGCUCCUCAUCGACCUGGAGUCGGAUGUCAACGUCAGGAACGGGCUGCUGCAGACUGCUCUGCACAUCGCCGCCGGGACCGGCCACACGAGCACCUCCAGGCUGCUCCUCAAGCACGGCGCCGACAUCGAGGCGGCCACGGCAGAAGGAUACACGGCCCUGCACUUGGCAUCCCGCAGCGGCCACUUGGCCACGACAAAGCUGCUGCUGGAUGAAAGGGCCAGCGUUCUGGCCAGAGGCCCUUCAAACAGGACAGCGCUGCACCUCGCUGCGGAGAAUGGGCACUCUGAGGUGGUGGAGGAACUUGUGAGCGCAGAAAAUAUCAACGUUUCUGACAGCGAGGGGUUCACGGCUCUUCACCUGGCUGCGCGAGGGGGGCACGCGAAGGCGGUGGAGGUUCUCCUCAAGCACGGGGCUCACACUGACAUGCCCAGAGCCAAGUGCCACACCCUGCUCCCACCUGCUCAGCAGAGCAGGAGUAGCUCGCUUACGGUGUUGUUAAGUGACACUUAAGCACGAGGUGCAGAGCCGUGUUUUUUCACCUGGUGUGAGGAGGCUGCUGCAGCUCAGGGCCUCCUCCAGCUGCGCAGGGAUGCGCUCACCAGCGGUGGCAGCUGAUGGACUGAGGUGUUUGAGUGUGACUGAGGCCAGGAGGGCUGGAGUCUGCCCUGGUCUGUGUCAUUCAUUCUGUGCCUGCCCACCCUGCCUGGAUCCAGACAUUCUCCUUCCAAGGAUGUUGUGAGAGAAGGAUGUGCCUUGUGUGUUACCCCUGCUUUUUUUUUUUUU